UUGUUAAAAUAUUAUUAAUAACAACAAUACAACUCGCGAAAAAAAUCCGAAGUGAACUAACUGUUUAUUUUCAACAAUACAAUAUGGAAGGAAUUAAAACAGCAGGCAUUGAGCUCUGUGCUAUCGACGCGCCAGAAGCAUUCUGUCUUUAUUCGAAGAAACAACAAUUUUUAAAUAUGGUUUUAGAAAAUUCUUUCGAGUAUAACUUAUCAAUUAAAUAUAACACUGACAUAUACCCGAAAGAUAAAUGGGGAACGUCUCUCAACGUCAUAAGGAUCAUAUGGACUGUCUUGCCGGUUGUACCUGUGAUGGUGAUUACUCACAUUAUAACUUCAACAAUUGGACCUGCCAUACAACUUAAUUAUGUUUUCACCUACCUAUUAGAAAUUGUUUUUAUUGUGCUUCCUAUAGUGUUUUUAGUGAGUCUUUAUAAUAAUCUUUUGGGCUAUCUGCUGCCAGCUCUUCUUUUGGGAGCAUGGGUUUACUAUUGGGAACUUAUACAAAGACCUCGAAACUGGUAUUUCAAUUGGGGUGGUCGGCGACCACAUGUGUUAACUUUAAAUCGGGCAACGAUAAAUUUACUAACAGCGUAUUGUAUAUUAGCCGUCGAUUUUCCAAGUUUUCCAAAAUACUUUGUAAAAAAUCAUCAAUUUGGUGCUAGUCUUAUGGAUAUAGGAAUUGGCUUAUUUGUAUACUCUAUGGGUGUUGUUUCGAAACCACCACAAAGUAUUUCACAUUUUGUAAAACUUUUUGUAAAUGUUUUUGUAUUGGUCGUAUUAGGCGGUAUACGUACGUCAAUUAUGCGAAAUACAAAAUUUUCGCAAAAUGAGCGUGAAUAUGGAAUACAUUGGAAUGCGUUCUAUACAUUGGCAUUAACCAAGUUUGGAGCCACGAUUUUGAGUUUGCUUUGCAAACAUGGCUUUAUGCUUUUUGCAGGAGGUGUUGUGUUUGCGGUAAUCCAUGAAGUCAAUUUACAGCACAACACAUCAAAUUUUGUGAUGAAUGCAAACGUUGUUCGUAAUACACUUUUCAAGGCAAACCGUGAAGGCAUUUGCUCAAUACUUGGCUUCAUAUCAAUCUAUCUAUUUUCAAUGCUCAUGGGCCACCAUCUUCGCAUUCAAAAUGAUGUCAUCACAAGGAAAGCCUAUUUUAAGAAAUUAAAAGUCACAAUGGUAUCUGCAAUUCUUCUCUGGGUGUCGGUGUUCUCCUGCAUCUUUCUUUCAAUAUCUAUUGCGCGCGUUACAUGUAAUUUAGGUUAUAUCCUAUUAGUCUUAGCCAUUGCUCAAACAAUGACCGGUUAUUACAUGUUGGGCUUUCAUUCGAUAUUAAGUCAACCAGAUGAAUCCUAUUCGGCUGAUCAGGAAUAUUUGCCUUCUGUUGUGGAAGCGGUAAACAAGAAUGGCUUGGUAUAUUUCGUCGUGGCUAAUCUUCUGACUGGUGGUAUAAAUUUAUGUUUGGAAGAAACAGAUUAUGUUUUGGAAGCUAGUAUCAUUAUUUUGAGUGCUUAUAUGUUUCUAACCACAAUUCCUGUUCAAAUUUUGCAUUACUACAAAAAACGUAUAGGAUAAUUUCUAAAUUCUCAUAAAUCCCGAUCCAAUACUAAAUUUAUGUAUGUAUGUUGUGCAAAUAUUGUAAAAUAUUGCUUCCGGGUGAUAAUUUGAAACUUUAUUAAUCAUCAUAGCUGAUAUGCACUUCCAUCUAAGAUAUUUCAGAUCGCAAAUUUUCCGUAUAAUAAUGUGACAAAAAUAAAUUAAAUAAUGUGACAAUUUAAAAUAAAUUAAGUUUUUAUACCUUACUGUUUUAUUAUAUGUUUGACUUACAUGAUCUGAUAAUAUUAUACAAGUAUAUUGAAAUAUGUGUGGGAAAAUAUUCGGGUUGAGUGAGCAAAUUUACUAGGCUAAAAGAUCAUUGUAAUAAAAUUUUAUACAAGAGAAUAAAAGAAAAAUAAAAUAAAAUAAUAA